AUGUUGGGAGGCGUGGGGCGAGUCUGGGGACUGCUGGUCCGGAGAGCACGCUCAAGUGCUGCCGGUGUGAAGGAGCCCGGCAGUGCGGACGUUGUUGCAGGGAAGCUGUUUGCGCUCACAACGCUGCCUGCGAGUCAUCCGCAUGCCAGCCGCCGACUGCUGCCAGUGAACGUGAAAGCGGUUGAGGCGGCAAAAAAGCGCUUGCCGCCGGGUAUGCUUCCUCAGGUGAUAGAACGACCACUGACAGAGCGGGAAGCGCUAUGGCGUCAAGCUCGGUUGCUGGACGAUUCUGCGCAGCCGGACUCGUUGCGAGUCGGUGGUCUGACUGACGCCCUAACGAGCAACACCCGGGUUGUCUGGCGUCCGCCAAAAGUCACCGCGAGACAGCGAGCAUACCUGCGGCGUCAGUGUCUACUUCGCGGCGUUCCGUGGCCCUUCGACAUCCCGCGGAAGAAACUUGGAGUCGUGAUCCACACCGAGUCGCUGGCGAAGUCGGAGCCGUCAUCGCGAACGAAAACGGUAUCUGUCGCUACUUUAGAGGAAAUUGGUGCGGAGAUGUAUCUCCGUUACCUUCGCAAAGGCCACAAAUGGGAAAGAGAGAGAGCGUUUCGUCAGGCGCUCAUCGCUGAGCGGAUGAAAGAAAUGGACCAGCUUAUACAACAAUGUCGUGCAGAGCGAAGAGCGUUACGUCUGGGCAAAGUCAUAGGCGGCAAGAAGCCAAAGAAACAUGAAUUGAUUGAACUGGUAACGCGAGAUAUUGAAGAGCGAGCGUUAGCGAUCCCAGCGGGCAUGAAGCGUCGGGCGGAGCUCGUUCGGGUACUGCCCUCGCGUACGAUGCGCCUUACCAAAUGGCCCCUGAACGCGUCGACGGAAACGUCGACCAGAGGCAACGUCAGCAGAAGCGAGCGGGAGAAGCGUGGAUCAUGA